AUGAACUCACUACUGAAUGAAAAAGUCUUCACUUCCUCGGGGUUUGAGGACUUUGACCAGGAAAUCAUUGACACAACCCCAGACGAUUUCUACACUUCGGAAAAUACAAAAAAAUUGAGAGUUGAAGAACUUGCCAACCGUUACAAUAUCAAUGAAAAGAAACUUCUUUGGAAGCUUGAUGUUCAUGUGGUUUUUCCCUUUGCCAUAGCGGCCUUCAUCUCGUUCUUAUGUCGUUCCAAUCUUGGUCUUUUACAGAUCGAAGGGAUUUAUUUCUCCCUUGAAAUGACAGAAUUAUCAUUAUUUACAGCUUAUGCGCUUUUCUUUGCCCCUUAUUUCGCUUUCCAAUUCAUUUCAAAUAUCAUUUUGAAAAGAGUUCGUCCUCACUUUUGGAUCGCACUUUCCGUGUUGUUGUACGGCUGUGUAACUUUGGCUACCGCUUGGGUGAAAACUAGAGGCCAAUUUACUGCAUGUCAAUUUCUUCAUGGAUUAUUCCAAUCAGGUGUGGAAACCGCGAUGUACUAUAUCUUGGCCCAGUAUUACGAGCCUUCAGAAUCCCAAAAAAGAUUCGGGGGUAUCUACUCGGUACAAUGUCUUGCAGGUGCCGUCAGUACUGCCAUCACUUAUGCUAUCGAUACUACUUUGAUCAACAAGUACCAUCGCGCGGAAUGGAGAUGGUUGCUAAUUAUCGAAGGUUCUAUGGCAAUUGUUUCUUCGGUGAUCUUGUUCUUCAUCAUUCCUGACUUUCCUGAAAAUGCUAGAUUUAUUGAUGAGGACGAGACCUCAUUUCUUGUCAAGAAAUUGGAAAUUUAUCAAGGUAAAUCUGGUUUUGACUUGGAAGUUUCCAACAAAGAAUUGUUCUCAAUGUUCGUCGACCCAGUGGUUUUGCUUCCCGCUAUGGCUUCUCUCGGGAUUUGUUAUGCCACCUACUGUUACGCUUUCUUUGAGCCAAUUUUCUUGACGGAGAUUAUGGGCAGCAGUAUUGCCAAUGUCAACAAAAUGUCGGUUUUCCCAUGGAUUUGUGCUUUUGUUUAUGGGAAUUUCAUAGGAUAUUUGUCAGAUAAACUCAAAAUGAGAUUCCCAUUCGUGGUUUUGAACCUCCUUUUGACCUUGGUCGGCGGUGCACUUGCCUUCUCUCAUCCUCUUAGUACUGUUCCUGAUUAUACCAAGUAUUCUGGGUUAUUCUUAAUUGUUUCUGGAUCCUAUGCUGCAACACCUUUGUUGAUUUGUUGGGCAACAACCAACCUUGGUGGCCAUACCAGAAAGAACCUUGGAAUUACUAUGACUAUCAGUUUCGGAAGUUUGAGUGGUCUUGUGUGUAUUUUCCCAUUUCUUAAUGACAACCCACAUAGAUACACUAAAGGAUUCAGCACUGGGUUUGGAUUCUUGCUUCUUUCGUUAGGUUCUUCAAUUGCUUACUUCUUUGUGUUAAGGUCAGCAAACUUGAAAAAGAGAACCAACGAUUAUAAAAUGAAAUUUGGGGAAAAUAGUCAAAGAAAGCAAAUCAUUCUAGGGGAUAGAAAUCCAGCUUUUGAUUAUAACUAUUGA